AUGGAACUGAUGGAAGAACUUGCCCAAAAGCCCACUUGAAGACAAUACACAGAGACUUGAAAAGCCCACUUCUCCACAAAUUUAAAAUUUUAAAACCUCAAGCAGAUCCCGUUUCCCUCUUUGUAUACAACAAACGCACACCAAGUGUUUGUGAAAAUGCCUGAGAGACACUCACUGGCCUCCACACCCCAACCAUGCACAACCCCGCGCAGAUCUCCCAGGUUUCUCCACCCCACCACCACUCCACAGCCUCCGAAGCUCACCACACCGCCCCGGAAGCCUCGGAGAAAGCCCGCUGCCGAGUCCGAGAACCCGAAAACCCCCAAAUCCAAGCUCAGAAGGAACGAGGUCAGAUCGUUGGAUUGUGGAGUUAUUGAGCAGAACGAUGAUGGUCCGGAGAUGGAGCAGGGAGCCACGGUUCUCCGAAAGUCGCGGCGGCUUCUGGAGUUGAAGGAGAGAGCUGAGGAGUUGGGGAACACUAGAACCCCCAAAUCUAAAUCUGGAGGUAAAAAUGCGGUAAGGUCUUUGAAUCUUUCGGUUGAGUUGAAGAAAUUGAGUAGAGGCAAUGCUGGGUCUAGGGUUUUGAAUCGGCAGGUAGUCGUUUUGGUCAGUGAUGAUGAAGAUGAGGAUUCCUCACCGGAGAGAGUGUCGAAGAAAUUGGGGAGACCUCUUAAUGGGAGAGGUAAUGGUGAGAAAUUGAGGUCUGGGUCGAGAAAAGAUCGGAGAUUGAACAAUGGCAGUGAUGCUUUGCAGGCUCGUAGGCGAUCUUCGAGGUUGGGUGGUAAGCAAAAUGUGGUUGAGAAACAAAUUGAUAAGGGAAAGAGUGGAAAAUCGACGAGUGAGCGUAAGAUCUUGUUGGACAAAGAGAAGGCUUCGGGUGUGAAUUCAGGCAAAAGUGUUUCGGCAAAGAGCAAAAGGGUGAGUAAGAAGAGUUCAGUUGGUAGUGGUGUUGGAACUGCUAGAGUGGAAUGUGGAGAAGGCAAAGGGGGAGAGUUGGAUUGUAGGGAUAAGAAAGUUGCGGUUAGGAGGAAGAGAAAGAGAGGUGAAGAUGAUGUUAAGGUUGCUAAAGGGUGGACAAAGGAACAAGAGUUGGCCUUGCAGAGAGCUUAUUUGCUUGCUAAGCCAACACCCGGGUUCUGGAAGCAGGUUGCUAAACUGGUUCCCGGGAAAUCUGCACAGGAUUGCUUUGAUAGGAUACAUUCUGACCAUGUAACUCCACCUCAACCUCGUCCUCGGUCGAGGGCAAAGAUAGCAACAAAUUCAUCUCCCCUUGGUGGAUUUUCGCUCUCUGCAAGUAAACUGUUGAAUCCCAUUGAGUCAAAGCCUAAAAGACAUGGUUGCAAUAAACAGAGAAGCCAUCUUGCACAGAAAACUGUCAGAGCGUUAUUACAUAAGCAUUAUCAAGUGCACCAAGAGUUUGAGGCAGAUUUAUUUUCAGUACUUGAGCCAAGUGUAGGUCCAUCUACUGAGACUCCUCAGCCUAGUGUUAUACCUUCUACUCCAAUAAAUUCACAGGUAAAGCAAAAGAUACCCCUCUCAAGGUUUAGUAACCCAUCUGAGACAUCUCUUGUUAGUCCACCGGUAUUAAAGCAGGUCAAGAACAAGGCCUUGCAUGAGAAAUACAUUGACCAGUUGCAUAUCAGAGAAGCUAAGAGAGAAACAUUAGCCAAAAUCACCAAAAAAUCCACUUGCGGAAUUGAUGAUACAAAGAAGAGCCAUAUUCAGAAAGUGGAUCUGAGAACUGCAAAAAUUGCCCUGGUAUCUGAUGCAAGAGAUGCUAUCAACAAGCUCAAACAUCUUCAAGAGAACUCUUUGGAGUCGGAUGAUGAAGAAGUUCAAAGGGAUGACGAGGAAGAUGAAGAUGAGACUUUGUAAUGUUUUCCUCAUCUCCUUCUCUUAGAGAUAUAACAUUAACCAACAUGUAGAACUUGUAUCCUUGUAAUUGUAGUUGCUAGCUUAGCUGCUGACUCUGGACCUUGUCUUGUAUGUGUUAUCAUCCAAAGAGAUAAAAUGAGAACUAAAGAGUAU